AUGCUUCGGCAGAGUGUGGGGCUUCUGAUGCGGCAUAUAGGACAGGAUGUACCGAAACGACAUACCCACUUUGUCCUGGAGUCUAGACUAAUGUACGAAAAGUCAUUUCGCGACAAUUGGCUGUACAGUGUUUGCCGUGCCGUUUCUCAGCUCGAUGAGCCGUUAUCCAAGACGGUGUCAGGAAAUCGACAGAAGAUGUUACAACGCAAGGUGACAUGCUUUCAGUAUAAUCAAUAUGGACUAUUCAAGGUGCCGUAUUAUCGUUUAGCCAACGUCGAUCGCUAUUACGCGGUCCAGGGUGUUCCAGGAACGCGGGAAUGGGUUCCAUACGCCAACGUUUCGUACUGGACGAUGAACAAGAUGGUGCGUAGUGGUAACUUAUUGGUGCAUCGGGUGCAUUACACCGGCUGGGGCACGGACACGCAUCUCAAGAGGGGUGGCUGGGAUCAUCGUUGGAAUAAAGUCAUGCAACGCAAUACUCUGCAGUACUCUCGAAUCUAG